CAGCCAGGACCAAAGGGAGGUAUGCCGAAACUGUCAACUUUGGUCUCAGUCAAAAAGCUCUUCAAAGACAAAGCAGCCAAGUCGAAAACCGUUCAGCUGGAUGGGUUUAGGUUUGAGGGGAUGGGUGCUGAAGGACCUUACGCUUCUCAAAUCACCGGGCCUAUAAGAUCUCUGUGGCAAGAGAAGAUGUCUCGGCUAAUCCCGGAGUUAGACCUGUUUGAAUGUCUCCACCUCAUUAUAUUGCAGGCUGUAAUGGAUGGGUCAUCCCCUGAGGCCCCACUUUUUUCUGAGUUAUCCCGAGCCUGUGUCAGUACUGCCGCUCGCUUCCAUGCUCUAAUAGAGGAGCUGAGGGUGAUGUCUGCAACCAUGGGGAGUCUGUACAGGGCGAGAAUGCAGCAGUGAUGAAGUUUCUCUCUCCCGUGUGAUUGGGUCACGUAUUACUACACUGAUGAAACCAGAGAAGCUGAUUAGUCCUGACACUCAUAUCCGAGAGCUGACAUCCACCUUACAGCAGCUGAGUCAUCUCUGUCAGACAUUGUUCAUCUCAUCAACAGAAGCUGUGAUUCAUCUGUGUCCACAUGUACA